UAUCAUACCAACAAAACAGCGAGCAAAUUGCUCCGGAGGACUCUUUUACCGGUCACCGCGCAUUCGGUUUAUUUCUCUCUUUGACAAUGGCGGCGGAACAAAGAAAGCUGCUCGAGCAGCUCAUGGGAGCGGACAACCUCGUCGGAACCGGAGCACCCUCGCGUAAUGCCCAGUUAUCCAUCACCGAUUCAAAAGUCUGUCGCUCGUACCUGGUCGGAACCUGCCCGCACGAUCUUUUCACGAAUACCAAGCAGGACCUCGGUCCUUGUCCCAAGGUGCACAGCGAGGGUCUAAAGACGGAGUACGAGCUUGCGUCCGCUGGGGAAAAGGCGAAAUGGGGGUUUGACUUUGACUACAUGCGCGACAUGCAGAAGUAUAUCGAUGAUUGUGAUCGGAGAAUUGAUUCUGCUCAGCGGCGCUUGGAGAAGACGCCGGAUGAGAUUCGGCAGACGAACAAUCUUUUGAAACAAAUUUCCGACCUCUCCAAAACAAUCAACACAGGUCUCCUCGAGGUCUCCGUCCUCGGAGAAACAGGCUCCGUCGCCCUCGCCCUCAACGAACUCCACAAGAUCCGCACCGCCAAACACCAAAAGGAAACUUGUGAGCGCGAACUCAAAAACCUCCAAGAUACCUCCGGCCCCUCUGGCCACCAGAAACUGCAAGUCUGCGAUGUGUGCGGCGCAUACCUCAGUCGACUGGAUAACGACCGUCGUCUGGCGGAUCACUUCUUCGGAAAGAUGCACAUGGGAUACUCGGAUAUGCGCAAGGGUUGGAAGAAGCUUAGUGAGGAGCUUAAGGGACGGCCGCCGCCGGUCCGGCACCAUGAUGAUGAGGAUGGUGGCUGGGGUGGCGGAGGUGGUGGACGUGGUGGUAGAGGGCCGAGGUAUGGUGGUGGUGGUGGAUAUAGGAAACGGGGACGGUGGUAAAUGGCUAUCUUUGGAGCUUUUGAUAUUUCGUUUUUUGCUGGGUAUAAGCAUAGCGCAGGCGUUAGUGCGUUUGUAUCUACCAUAUUCCAACACAUAAUGGAUGAUUUGGAAAUUGAAUGUCCGCGUAGAACUCUUAUGCGUCCAAACAAUCCAAGAAAACAAGGAUU